CACUUCUCGUAUCGUAUACACACAACAUCAGGACGAAGCCGACUACCACAAUAUCCUGACUCACCAUCCACGCCCGGCGGAGUACAUAAACCUCACGAUCUGUACGAUCCUCCCUCUUCAUCCCUCACACAACCGUCAAUAUGGCUGAUUCUCUUACCGAAGAGCAAGUUUCCGAGUUUAAGGAAGCCUUCUCCCUGUUCGACAAGGAUGGCGAUGGACAAAUCACUACCAAGGAGCUGGGAACCGUUAUGCGCUCGCUCGGCCAGAAUCCUUCCGAGUCUGAACUUCAGGAUAUGAUCAACGAGGUCGAUGCUGAUAACAAUGGCACGAUCGACUUCCCAGAGUUCCUUACGAUGAUGGCAAGGAAGAUGAAAGAUACCGAUUCCGAGGAGGAGAUCAGAGAGGCAUUCAAGGUCUUCGAUCGUGACAACAAUGGCUUCAUUUCCGCGGCUGAGCUCCGUCAUGUCAUGACAUCCAUUGGUGAGAAGUUGACGGAUGACGAGGUCGAUGAGAUGAUCAGAGAGGCUGAUCAGGAUGGCGAUGGACGAAUUGACUACAACGAGUUCGUCCAACUCAUGAUGCAAAAGUAGAGGUUCCAUAUGCUUUGUAGGAGACAAGCGAGCAGGCUCCGUAUCUUGCAUGGUCUUUUAGCGUGCCUGUAUUUCGGAGACGUAGGGCAUGUCUCAAGAAUAGAACGAAUGAAUGGAUUGGUGGAAGGAUUGGUGGAAGGAUUGGAAUGGGCUAGGUAGAUUGGUUGGCUGGCAUGGGUCACAAAUAACGUUACAAUGAUUACCCUUCAAUUCAAUUGCGUUCUAUUUGAGUGGUUUGC